UUGUCCAACAAACGGGAGUGAACUGUAGGUAGGGAUGAACGGACGAAUCUCCAAGUUUAUAAACAAUUCGUAUUGGCACGUCAAUAGUUGCUCGGUGCUUAUCGCGCAAAUCAAAUCACUCGAAGCAAGUGAAAAGUAAACAUGUAAAUGUCUUGUUAGUUUGUUAUUCACGGCGGGAGUACAAAAUGCUAAUUUUUAUAUUUUUUGCAAUACAUACGGUGCGUGUCUUCGGCGUCGAAUGACUUUUUAAUCAAAUUGCGAUCGGUAAUUAGAUGCAAACUGCAUUUAUUGUAUUGUGGCGCGUCAUUAUUGCAGUGAAAAUCAAAGAGAAACUUAAGGAUUAAUAAGGUCAAUGCAGAGAGUGCAUUAGAAGAAAGGUUUUCAACUUGAACAUGGAGAUCUUACUGAGGCUGGUUCUAUUCUUGAUGCGCAUUAUUUCAUGGCUGGUUAUUCCGAUUUUUUGGCUUGUUUCGUGGAGAAAAACGACGAAAAUUACACCGAUCAAAAACCACAUUCUUCUAUUGAGCGCGACUACAUUAGCGGACAAAAUCAGGAAGCGUGAGAUGAAAAGCGAAACAGUUGUAACCGCAUAUAUCGAGCGCAUUAAAGAAGUAAAUCCAAUAUUAAACGCUGUAGUCGAGGAUAGAUUUGAAGAUGCAUUACAGGACGCCAAAGCUGUGGACGAAUAUUUAAAUAAAACUAUUAUAGAUCCAGUACAACUAGAGAAAACACAACCAUUACUGGGUGUCCCUAUAACAAUCAAAGAAUCAUGUGGAGUGAAAGGAAUGAGCCAAGCCUGUGGAUCAUUACAACGUGAAGGAUUUCGUGCUGCACAAGAUGGCGCUGCUGUUGCACGCAUCCGGCGCGCUGGAGGAAUUAUUCUUCUUGUUUCCAACACCCCGGAAUUUUGUUUAUACUGGGAGAGUAAUAAUCGUAUUACUGGUCGAACAAACAACCCAUAUCAUAUAAAAUAUAGUCCUGGGGGUUCUUCUGGAGGAGAGGGUGCAUUACUUGGAGCGGGUGCUUCUAUAAUAGGAAUAGGAUCUGAUGUUGCAGGUUCAUUACGUUUACCUGCGCUGUUGAAUGGAGUUUUUGCGCAUAAGUGCACCGCAAAUUUAGUGGCUUCUGAAGGUCUUCCUAAUGCGCAGAGCGACAUGGGUAAAUUUAAUUUUACUGUUGGACCAAUGGUGCGUUACGCAGAAGACUUACCCUUGGUUUUCAAGGUCUUAACAGAUCAUUCAUUUGAAUUAGGAUUGGAUGAUCAGGUUGAUUUAAAAUCAUUGAACAUUUUCCACAUGUUCAACGCAGGCGCAAGCAUUGCGCACGUUGCUGUGGAUUCAGAAAUUAAACAGGCUAUAAAUAAAUGCGUCACACAUUUGCAGCACGUCUGCGGUGCAAAUGUGGACCAAUUUAAAUUUAGUAUGAGCAACACGAUGGAAAUUACUGCGGCGGUGUUGUUGUAUUUGAAUGAUUUACCUAACAUACUAGGCAACCCAAUAUCCGACAAACAAAAUGAUUGGUUAUUGUUUGAAUUAUUAAAAUAUCCGUUUGGAUGUUCAAAAUAUUCAUUUAAUGGAUUAAUAUUUUCAUUUUUGCGCUGUGUGCGAGGUUUUGUGUUUCCUUAUAAAAGAAAACUUUACUUAAAAGAGUUGGAAGAACUAAAAAUUGAAUUCAAAACACAUUUGGGUACCAACGGAGUGUUUCUCUAUCCAACAUUCCCUACAAACGCAUAUCAACACAACCAAUUUAUUUUUAAGCUGAGUGGCGUACAGUACCAAAGUAUAUUUAACAAUUUGGGCAUACCGAGCACGCAUGUUGCGCUCGGUGUUGACAAAAAUGGCAUGCCAAUUGGAAUUCAGGUUGUCGCAGGACCUAGACAGGACAAACUCUGUUUCGCUGUUGCCAAAGAGCUCGAAAAAGCGUUUGGCGGUUGGCAACCACCCACGUAAUUUUGAAUUCAUCACAAAACCGUCCACAAACGUAGGCAACACAAAACACAUCAUAAUUUCAAUAUCGACUUUUUAUUUUUAUAUUGAUUCAUCGCCAUGAACAUGAACAUAAUGUUUUGAAAUAGAUUGUAGGUUGUACUUUCAACGUA